GCCUCGUAUUUGCAUUGGUUGCUCUGUUUACUAAAUUUCAACAUGGAUGCCGCUGAAAGAAAAAACUGAGGAGCAACAAGUUUCAGAAAGGAAUAUGGUGAAACAAACCAUCCAAAUAUACUGCAGGCUGAAGCCAACUCAAAAUACUGCCAAUCAGCUUUUUGAAGUUGAUGACGAUGUUGGUGAAAGUUCAAUAGUAACAUUUCGUGUUCCCAGAGACUUGGCCAGUGGCCUAAUCAAUAACAAAAAAGAAGCAUACAAGUUCAGGUUCAAUCAUAUAUUUGAACAGAAUGCAAAACAAGAGGAUAUCUUUAACGCCAUAUCUAAGCCUGUUAUUGAAAAUGUUCUCUCUGGAUAUAACGGAACCAUUUUUGCAUAUGGACAGACUGGUUCUGGUAAAACAUUCACGAUUACAGGGGGUGCAGAGAGAUUCGCAGACCGAGGAAUCAUACCGAGAAGUUUAUCCUACAUCUUCAAUUACUAUGAAACCAAUUCGAGUCUUGAAUAUAGUACACACAUUUCAUACCUGGAAAUAUACAAUGAAAGCGGAUACGAUUUGUUGGAUCCGAGACACGAAGCGGCAAAGCUGGAGGAUUUACCAAAAGUGAAUCUAUUAGAAGACAGCGAUGGGAAUAUACAUCUACGAAAUCUUUCAGUGCAUCCAGCUCACAACGAAGAAGACGCCCUGAAUCUCCUAUUUUUGGGUGAUACCAACAGGAUGAUAGCAGAGACACCAAUGAAUCAAGCAUCCACUAGAUCUCAUUGUAUCUUUACCAUUCACAUAACAAUGAAAGAUCCCGCAACUGCCACCAUUCGACGAGCAAAACUCCAUCUUGUAGAUCUUGCAGGAUCAGAGAGGGUUAGCAAGACUGGCGUUGUUGGCACACUUUUAAGUGAGGCAAAGUACAUCAAUCUCUCUCUUCAUUAUUUGGAACAAGUUAUCAUCGCUUUGUCAGAGAAGUCUCGGUCCCACAUUCCAUACAGAAACAGUAUGAUGACGUCAGUGCUACGUGACAGUUUGGGUGGAAAUUGCAUGACAACCAUGAUUGCAACAUGUUCAGUGGAAAAGAAAAAUAUAGAUGAGUCGAUAUCAACUUGUCGCUUUGCACAAAGAGUGGCGAUGAUCAAGAAUGAUGCCAUCCUAAACGAAGAGCUUGAUCCAAAACUGGUAAUAGAGCGAUUGAAGCGGGAAAUACAGCAACUAAAAGACGAACUGGCAAUGUCAACGGGAGUUGAAUAUGAUGGCGAGUUGACUGAAGAAGAUAGAAAGAGUUUGUUGGAAACUGUGCGGGUUUUCCUGGAAGACAAUGAUCCAGAAGCCGUCUUAUCUGUAGGCGCGGACAUGCGCAAAAUUAAUCAUUGUUUUUACUUACUCAAGGGUUUCUAUCGCGAAAAAUCAGUCGAAGCUAAACAGUCUAUAAACAGGGAAACAAGGGAUGAGAGUCCUGUACCCGAUCGAUCAGAAAGUAACUAUCUUUCCAACGUAAGCGAAGUUAAGAAACUUAAAGAGUUGAUACUACAAAGAGACAAUGAGAUAAAUAUUCUUGUGAACAUGCUGAGGAAAGAAAAACAAAGCUCUGCUAAUUCGAAAAGAAGUCUGGAUUCAUUUUCAAAUGGUUCGAAAGGAAACUUGGAACUUGUUUCUCGAGAAACACGAAGCAGGGGAUUCACAUCAGAUAGUGACAGGUCAGCUGAUGACAGAGAGGAACACAAGGGAGAAAUGACGUCAAGACAGCGUCAAAGGACAAAUAAAACGUUUGAAAACAGAGGAGAUUCCGUUGAGGAGAGGCCUGCAGCCAAUCAAGCAGAUAUUAGAAAUUCGAAAAACAUAGAAAAUGAUAAUGGCCAAAUGUCUGUUGCCAGGCAAGAAGCCUUCGACUCAUUUAAGAAAAAUUACCAACACAAUCACACGAUUCACGAACAGAAAAAAUCUCUUAAAGAAAAAUACGCAGAGGCAAAGUCGCUUGGGGAGCAAGUCAACGAGUCAAGGAAAGCAAUAAAUUCGUUCAAGUCGCAAAUUGAGCAGCAGAAGAUUCGUCAGUCGAUGCAAGGCCUAACUGGCGAUGUAUCUGCAAACGAACCAGAUCCAAAGGAAAUGAAGUUAAGAGAAUUACUAAACAGAGAAAAAGCGACCUACAAAGAUGCAUUUACAAAGCUCAAGAAUCUGAAAACGGAAAUUGAACACUUGCAACAUCUCCUUGAGAAGUCAAAAGUUCAAAUGCAGAAAGAUUUCGAAAUUUGGUGGACGGAUGCAUCAAAAAAUGCAAUUUUCAUCGAUACAGUAGGCCAGGCUCAGGCAUCGUCGAAAAUGGCUUGGAAGACACCGCCAGUCACUCCGGACAAGCCUUUGCAUGAAAUUCUUCGCAAUGCCCGCGCGUCAAGAAACGCAAGCGGACACGGCUCUGUUGACUCAAGCAGCAGUAGCAAAGACAGUGCCGCGUGGCAAAACGAAUACGAAACCCAUAAUGAGACCGGACGGAUGGCUAGUAAACUGCGAGCAGAGGCCCAUUUAGCAUCGUCGAUAUUUUCUGCUGACGACCCGCGUAGAGAAUCGUUAUCACAACUGACUGAAGCAAGAAAACACAGUAGUCAUCAGAAAACGGCGCCUGUAGACACAAGCAUUGCUGGCAUUCACCUGACGGGGGAUAGUAAAACAGACGCUGAUAUAAUAGCUUUCAUGAAAGCAAGGCAGAAACUUCUCAAUACAAAAGGACGACAUUGAAUCGCUCAAAACGCACAGUCGGUGAAAGUUUCAGUGGUUUUAGACCAACCAAAUGGAUUGACUGACAAGCGAAUCAAAUAAACCGUGUCACCAAUGGAAAGCCAGUGUUUUGGCUGCAAACGAAUUCUUUAGCCAGUAUAAUUCCUUUUAAGUCUUUGUCCUGAAAUUGAUGUAUGAUACAUUUUACGUCUUUGUCCUGAAAAGGAUAGUUUCCUAGAUGCAUUAGAUAUUGUGUAAAUAAGUAUUUUAAUUCUUGUCGAAUAUCCAGUUUAUUAGAAGAAUACAAUUCUCUGGGACCAA